AGAGCCGAGGCUGCGGCGCCGGCGGAUCGGGAUCGAGCGCCGGAGGCCCAGACCCGCCGGGAGCUGACUCAAAGGCUAAGAUUUGAGUGCGAGUAACUUAUUUGGGAACUCAUUGCUGAAAAUACCAGUAAGGAAGAAAAAAGUGAACCCAAAAGAAGAGGAAACAGGAUGCUGCUUAUCACAGACCACCUGCUGCACCUCCUGGGGCUGGAGAAGACGGCCUUCCGCAUGUAUGCUGGGUCCGCCCUCCUCGUCUCCGUGCUCUUCAUCCUCUUCCACCUGCUGCUGCAGUUCCUGAGGCUCUGCUGGCGCUUCUACAUCACCUGCCGCCGCCUGCGCUGCUUCCCCCAGCCGCCCCGGCGUAACUGGCUGCUGGGCCACCUGGGCAUGUACCUUCCGAAUGAGACAGGCCUUCAAGAUGAGAAGAAGGUGCUGGACAGCAUGCACCAUGUGGUCCUGGUGUGGAUGGGACCCGUCCUGCCACUGUUGGUUCUGGUGCACCCUGAUUACAUCAAGCCUCUGAUGGGUGCUUCAGCGGCCAUUGCCCCAAAGGAUGACCUUUUCUAUGGCUUCCUGAAACCUUGGCUAGGGGAUGGGCUGCUGCUCAGCAAAGGUGACAAGUGGAGCCGUCACCGCCGCAUGCUGACACCUGCCUUCCACUUUGACAUCCUGAAGCCCUACAUGAAGAUCUUCAACCAGUGCGCUGACAUCAUGCAUGCUAAAUGGUGGCGUUUGGCAAAGGGCUUGGUUGUCUCCCUUGACAUGUUCGAGCAUGUCAGCCUCAUGACCCUGGACAGUCUUCAGAAAUGCGUCUUCAGCUACAACAGCAACUGCCAAGAGAAGAUGAGCGAUUACAUCUCGGCCAUCAUUGAGCUGAGUGCGCUGGCCGUGCGGCGCCAGUACCGCCUGCACCACUACCUGGACUUCAUCUAUUACCGCACGGCAGACGGGCGGCGUUUCCGGGAGGCCUGUGACACCGUGCACCGCUUCACCACCGAGGUCAUCCAGGAGCGGCGGAGGGCCCUGCGCCAGCAGGGGGCCGAGGCCUGGCUGAAGGCCAAGCAGGGCAAGACCUUGGACUUCAUUGAUGUGCUGCUCCUGGCCAGGGAUGAAGAUGGAAAGGAACUGUCGGACGAGGACAUCCGAGCUGAGGCAGACACCUUCAUGUUUGAGGGUCAUGACACUACGUCCAGUGGGCUCUCAUGGGUGCUGUUCAACUUGGCAAAGUAUCCGGAAUACCAGGAGAAGUGCCGUGAAGAGAUUCAGGAAGUCAUGAAAGGCCGGGAGCUGGAAGAGCUCGAGUGGGAUGACCUGACUCAGCUGCCCUUCACCACUAUGUGCAUCAAGGAGAGCCUGCGCCAGUUCCCACCCGUGACCCUUAUCUCUCGCCGCUGCACGGAGGACAUCAAGCUCCCAGACGGGCGCAUCAUCCCCAAAGGAAUCAUCUGCUUGGUCAGCAUCUACGGGACCCACCAUAACCCCAUAGUGUGGCCUGACUCCAAGGUGUACAAUCCCUACCGCUUUGAUCCGGACAACCCACAGCAGCGGUCCCCACUGGCCUACGUGCCCUUCUCGGCAGGACCCAGGAACUGCAUCGGACAGAGCUUUGCCAUGGCCGAGAUGCGCGUGGUCGUGGCGCUGACGCUGCUGCGCUUUCGCCUGAGCGUGGACCGAACGCGCAAGGUGCGGCGGAAGCCGGAGCUCAUCCUGCGUACGGAGAACGGCAUCUGGCUCAACGUGGAGCCGCUGCCUCCGCGGGCCUGAGCGCGGGCGCGCCCCUGCGGUACCGGGGGUCCAGAUCCGCUCAGAGGCCCAGGCCCCGCCCCCAAGAUCCUGCGGGAUAGGCCACGCCCCUCGAAGCCCAGGCUCCGCCCCUGGAGGACCAGGCUCCGCCGCUGAGCGCCUGACGGUGUUGGCCACGCCCCUCAGGGCAAGGCUCCGCCCCCUAAGGGUCUGACCCCGGCCCUUGAGGUCCACGUCCCGCCCCCAAGUUCUCGCACUGUCCUCCGGCAUGAGGAACCAGGCUCGGCCACGCCCCCUGGGGCUCAGGCCCCGUCCCCAGGAUUUUGAGGCUUGAGGUAUUUAGGCCACACCCCUGCGGAUUUAGGUCCCUCAGGCCCCGCCCACCGGGCCUUCCGAGGACCUAAGACCCACCUCUCGGACUCAAGCCUCGUCCCCUACUGGCUGGAUCCCACUGGCUUAUAAAUUGAGGACGCGGAAGCUAGAGCCUGAGAUCAGAGCCCUGAACCGGACGUCACCUUCCUGAGGCCCUCAGCACCUAUGGGCGGACUGCUCGGGCGUCGGGCUGUAUCCGGGGCUCGGGUUGUUUGCUUUCGUUGUUGUUUUGUAAACCCAGACCGUCACAAGACUCUUCCUGUCUCGCUUGCUCAAAAGCCCUUUGCUGAGUGUUCUGAUAUUUGUAGAAUAAAAGCAAAGGAUGCAGACAUCUCCCUCCCAACCUCCACCCACUAGCCAAGCCAGACCCUCACACCUGGAGCCCAGGAUGGGAAUACGGGGCUCUGUGCAGUUGGGAAGCGCCUGAGGGAAGCUGUGGGCUCGGAGGCUGGGAAGCCGUUUUCCCUAGGGCACAAAAUCAGACUUUUUUGGGG